AACGAAGAUCAAGAAAAAAUCGAAGAAAAAGAAACGAAAACGAAAGGAAGAUUCAAGUGAUUAUAAUUAUGUUGCGGAGGAAUUACAAAAUAAUGAAGAAACCAGAUUUAGUCAAUCUGACGAAGAAUCACAAUAUUGUGACAUGGGUGAUGGUGAAAAUAAUAGAAUGGAAGAAUCGCAAAUUGGUGAAAAUGUUGAAGAUUCACAAUGGCGUAAAGAAUCUCAAUGUUAUGAAUAUAAUAUAAAAGAAUCACAAUAUCACAAUAUGGAUCAAUCAGAAUAUGGUCAAGAAGAAACAUCUUAUGAGAGAAAAGUUAGGCACAAGUUGAAGAGGCAAGAAAAGAAGCGAAUGAAAAUAGUGGAGGAUGCGGCAUUCUACGAGAAACAACAACAACAAUCGAAAUAUAAUGAAUACGUGGCACAAGAAUUACAAUACGGGCAAUACAACAUGGAACCAUCAAGAUAUGGCCAAUUUGAUAUCGCAGAAGAAGGCGAAAAAGGAAAAGAACGACAUUGCCAUAAAAAGCAUAAACACAAGAAAAAAUCCAAGAAGAACAAGAAGAAAAAGAAGAACUUUGAAGAAGGAUCAGAAUGUAACGAAGACACUAUGAAAGAAGGUGAACCAACAUAUCAAAUACAAUCUAAAAGUUCCACGAAGAGCAAGAAAAAAUCGAAGAAAAAGAAACGAAAGCUAAAGGAAGCUUCAAGUGAUUGUAAUUAUGUUGCGGAAGAAUCACAAAAUAAUGAAGAAACCAGUCAAUUUGACGAAGAAUCACAAUAUUGUGAUAUGGGGACCCAAGAUGAUGAAAAAGAAGAAUCGCAAAUCGGUCAAAAAUUUGAAGACUCACAAUAUAAUGAAAAUAUGGUAAUGCCACAAUAUUAUGAAAACUAUAGAGAAGGAUUAAUGUAUUGUAAAAAUAACAUGAGAGCAUGGCAAUAUAAUAAGAAUUAUAUGGAAUCUUCGCAAUCUGAAAAUCAUAAAAACGAAGUACAGCUUCCUAAUCCGGAUUUCGAACAAGACUCAAGAAAAUCCAGGUAA